CUGGCUCUCUGAGGGUGUGUGUGUACCAGUGUGUGUGUACCAGUGUGUGUGUGUGUGCACAGGCAUUGUUCUCAAGCUCAGUGCUUCUGCAGCCAAGGUCAUAGGAGCCUGGUCACAUGCACAGUGUGUGAGCGAGGCAGCGAGGUAGCGAGGCAGCGAGCAAGCGAGUGAGUGUGAACCGUAGCGUCUCUCUCGGUGUGAAAAGCAGGGGGUGGGGACCUCAUCAAAUCAUUCAUCCAUGUACGCAGGUGUGUGUGGAUGCUGUGGGGCUUUGAGACCUCGCUAUAAGAGGCUGGUGGACAACAUCUUCCCAGAGGACCCAGAGGAUGGUCUCGUGAAGGUUAACAUGGAGAAGCUAACGUUCUAUGCUCUGUCAGCUCCAGAGAAGUUGGACCGUAUCGGAGCCUACCUCUCCGAGAGACUGUCCAGAGACGUGGCCCGACACAGAUACGGAUAUGUGUGUAUAGCCAUGGAGGCAUUGGACCAGCUGUUGAUGGCGUGCCACUGUCAGAGCAUCAACCUGUUUGUGGAGAGUUUCCUCACUAUGGUCCGCAAGCUGCUGGAGGCUGACAAACCCAACCUACAGAUACUAGGAACCAACUCAUUUGUGAAGUUUGCCAACAUCGAGGAGGACACUCCGUCGUACCACCGCAGUUACGACUUCUUUGUGUCGCGUUUCAGCGAGAUGUGUCACUCCAGCUACGAAGAUCCCGAUGUACGCACCAAGAUCCGUAUGGCAGGUAUCCGUGGUCUCCAGGGAGUGGUAAGGAAGACAGUGAGGGAUGAGCUGCAGGCUAACAUAUGGGAGCGUCAACACAUGGACAAGAUAGUCCCCUCUCUACUGUUCAACCUGCAGGACCCUACAGACAGUGUUUCCCCUGGCGAUGAGAAGGAGAGUCCAGCUGAGCUGACUGAGAGAUGCUUCAGGGAGCUGCUGGGUAGAGCUGCCUACGGAAACAUUAAGAACGCUGUCAAACCUGUACUAAUGCACCUGGAUAACCAUUCUCUGUGGGAGGGGAAGAGCUUUGCUGUCCGCUGCUUCAAGAUCAUUAUGUACUCUAUCCAGUCACAGCAUUCUCACCUGGUUAUUCAGCAGCUGCUGGGUCAUCUAGAUGCUAACAGUAAGAAUUCAGCCACAGUGCGUGCUGGGAUAGUGGAGGUCCUAUCUGAGGCUGCUGUCAUUGAGGCCAGUGGCUCUGUGGGCCCAACAGUGCUGGAGGUAUUUAACACCCUGUUGAAACAGUUGAGGCUGAGUGUGGACUAUGAACUGACUGGAAGCUGUGACCCGUACUGCAACAGCAAGACAACUACUGACCAGGAGAGACAACUACAGGAGGCUGUCAUCAAGACCAUCGGAUCCUUUGCCAACACGUUGCCUAUCUACCAGAGGGCAGAGGUCAUGCUGUUCAUCAUGGGGAAGAUCCCUGUUCCUGGGAUAUACCCUGCUCUGGGCUCACCUAUGGCUGGGUUUGAAGGCAGUAGGAUGAUCCAAGUCAUGCUGUUGAAGUCUCUACUGCAGGUGACAGAGCGGUAUGAGAGUAGUAACAUGUUGGCAGCUCUGCCCUCGUCCUUCUUGGAGCCUCUCCUCUCCUUCACCUUGAUGGAAGAUCCUGAGAUCAGGCUGCUGGUACUCUCCAUACUCAUCAGCCUCAUAGACAGACAUCAGAACACACACAAGUUCACCUUCCUCAGCAUCCUUUCAGAUAUCUCAGUCCUCAAGCUGAAGGUGGACAAGUGUUCCCGACAGGACAACCUCUUCAUGAAGAAGCACGGCCAGCGUCUCUACAGACACAUCUUCCUGACUUGUUCUGAAGAGAACAGUGGGCGGAGCCACUACCAGGCUCUCUACACCCUAUUGGCUCUCCUCAGUGUGGAACUGGCCAAUGAGGAAGUGGUGGUGGACCUGAUACGCCUGGCCCUCGCACUGCAGGACCUGGCCUUGGCCAAUGAUGAGAGACUCUCUCUGUAUAAUCGCUGUGCUGUCCACGCCCUCUCUGCUGCCUACCUCAGCCUCAUCUCUCAACUCACCACCGUCCCUGCAUUCUGCCAGCACAUCCAAGAAGUGAUAGAGCUGAGACAGAAGGAGGUACCCUACCUGCUGCCUGAAGACAUCUUUAUUGAAAACCCCAGAGUUCCAGAGUCUCUAGAGCGAGUGGAGGGAGAGGUGUUGUUCCAGCAGUUUCAGAUCGCUGAGGUGCUGGGAGGAAGUGGCUACAACAUAGACAUCCUGAACACGCCGUUCACACCCCAGAUCACAGAUGAGGAUCGCCUGUCGAAGAGGAAAAGUAUAGGAGACACCAUCUCUCUUCAGAUGGACAUGGACCCACGAUAUAGCCCAGAGAGAGAACAGAAGUCUCCAGCAGAGCAGAUCACCUUUGAGACUCUGAAGAAUGCCAUCGUGGAUAGUGUGAAUGGUGAAGAGCAGGAGAGGGAGAAGAGAAGACUGGUGGUAGAGAGGUUUCAGACUGCCCCCUUCGAGGAGAUCGCCGCCCACUGUGGGGCCAAGUCCUCCCUGCUACAGAGUAAGCUGGACCAGAUCUUUGAGCUGACAAUCAGGCCGCCUCCCAGUCCCUCUGGCUCCGCCUCCCAAGGCCAGACCCCCACCCGCUCUGUUCCUGUCUACGAGAUGAAGUUCCCUGACCUCUGUGUUUACUAGAGACACACACACACACACACACACACACACACACACACACACACAGAACACUCUCACACACACCCUGACCUCUGUGUCUACUAGACACACACACACACACACACACCGGUCUGUAUCUUGGUCUGUAUCCUGGUCUGUGCCCCACUGCUGUCUCUUUCUAGUGGGGACAAUCUAUAGAAUCCAUGAUGUCUCCCUCUAGUGGGGACAAUCUAUAGAAUCCCUGAUGUCUCCCUCUAGUGGGGACAAUCUACAGAAUCCCUGAUGUCUCCCUCUAGUGGGGACAAUAUACAGAAUCCCCGCUGUCUCUCUCUAGUGGGGACAAUCUAUAGAAUCCCUGCUGUCUCUCUCUAGUGGGGACAAUAUACAGAAUCCCUGCUGUCUCUCUAGUGGGGACAAUAUACAGAAUCCCUGCUGUCUCUCUAGUGGGGACAAUAUGCAGAAUCCCCACUGUCUCUCUCUAGUGGGGACAAUAUACAGAAUCCCUGCUGUCUCUCUAGUGGGGACAAUAUGCAGAAUCCCCACUGUCUCUCUAGUGGGGACAAUAUGCAGAAUCCCCACUGUCUCUCUAGUGGGGACAAUCUAUAGAAUCCCCGCUGUCUCUCUCUAGUGGGGACAAUCUAUAGAAUCCUCGCUGUCUUUCUAGUGGGGACAAUAUACAGAAUCCCCGCUGUCUCUCUCUAGUGGGGACAAUAUACAGAAUCCCUGCUGUCUCCCUCUAGUGGGGACAAUCUACAGAAUCCCCGCUGUCUCUCCCUAGUGGGGACAAUAUACAGAAUCUCCGCUGUCUCUCUCUAGUGGGGACAAUCUAUAGAAUCCCUGCUGUCUUUCUCUAGUGGGGACAAUCUAUAGAAUCCCUGCUGUCUCUCUCUCUAGUGGGGACAAUAUGCAGAAUCCUUGCUGUCUCUUUAUAGUGGGGACAAUCUAUAGAAUCCCUGCUGUCUUUCCCUAGUGGGGACAAUCUAUAGAAUCCCUGCUGUCUCUUUCCAGUGGGGACAAUCUACAGAAUCCCUGCUGUCUCUCUCUAGUGGGGACAAUAUGCAGAAUCCUUGCUGUCUCUUUCUAGUGGGGACAAUCUAUAGAAUCCCUGCUGUCUCUCUCUAGUGGGGACAAUCUAUAGAAUCCCUGCUGUCUUUCCCUAGUGGGGACAAUCUAUAGAAUCCCUGCUGUCUCUCCCUAGUGGGGACAAUCUAUAGAAUCCCUGCUGUCUCUCCCUAGUGGGGACAAUCUAUAGAAUCCCUGCUCUCUCUCUAGUGGGGACAAUCUAUAGAAUCCCUGCUGUCUCUCCCUAGUGGGGACAAUCUAUGGAAUCCCUGCUGUCUCUCCCUAGGGUGGACAAUCUAUAGAAUCCCUGCUCUCUCUCUAGUGGGGACAAUCUAUAGAAUCCCUGCUGUCUCCCUCUAGUGGGGACAAUCUAUAGAAUCCCUGCUGUCUCUCUCUAGUGGGGACAAUAUGCAGAAUCCCUGCUGUCUCUCUAUAGUGGGGACAAUAUGUAGAAUCCCCUCCAUUGAAAUACGAGCGGAAUACCCCAACCGCCAUUGCAUGUAUUUCCAUGUUGUUGUGUGUUUGUAUACAGCAAUAACUCUAUAUAGUUCAGCAAUAAUGUGACACCAUAAGAUGAUACAGAAAGUCUGUUAUGUGUAUGUGUGUGUGUACAUACGCUGUACAUUCAUGUGUGUUUACUACUGAAUGUGAACCAGUGACUAAAGUGAAUGUUAUUGAGUGUUUGACACUGUGACGCAUUCAUGUACUGAGGAGUGUUCCACAAAAGCAGGACCACACCGUCAGCCAGAUAACUGAAGUUACUAAGAAAUAUAUAUAUAUAUAUAUAUUGUUUCAAUUUAUGAAAUGUCACUUUUAAGUCCGUCUUCAGUAUGAACCACAGAAAGUUAGCCGGCUGUUUUUUUAAAAUUCUGCUUUGUGACAUCAUACCCCCCCUGAACUACCACUGUGUACUAAUAUCAAUCAAACAACAGUGUCCGUAUCUAAUCUACUCUAUUAUAUUAUACUCUGUUCUAUUCUGCUCUGGUGUACUCUACUCUACUCUAUUCUACACUACUUUGAACUCCUCUACUCUACGCUAUUCUACCCUACUCUACUAUAUUCUACUCUAUUCUGCUCUACUCAAUUCUACUCUGUUAUAUUCUAUUCUACUCUACUCUAUUCUACUCUAUUGUACUCUAUUCUACUAUAUUUUUCUCUACUAUAUUCAACUCAACUCUAUUCUGCUCUAUUCUACUCUAUUCUACUGUACUCUAUUCUACUAUGUUUUACUCUACUCUACUAUAUUCUACUCUACUAUAUUCUGUUCUACUCUACUGUACUAUAUUCUACUCUACUCUACUAUAUUCUGUUCUACUCUUCUAUUCUACUCUACUGUACUAUAUUCUAUUCUACUCUACUGUACUAUAUUCUGUUCUGUUCUACUCUGCUAUAUUCUGUUCUACUCUUCUAUUCUACUCUACUGUACUAUAUUCUAUUCUACUCUACUCUACUAUAUUCUGUUUUACUCUUCUAUUCUACUCUACUGUACUAUAUUCUAUUCUACUCUACUGUACUAUAUUAUGUUCUACUCUACUGUACUAUAUUAUACUCUACUCUACUCUACUAUAUUCUAUUCUACUCUACUGUACUAUAUUCUAUUCUACUCUUCUAUUUUAAUAUACUCUAUUAUUCUCUAUUAUAUUCUACUCUACUCUAUUCUACUCUGUUAUAUUCCACCGUACUCUAUUCUUAUCUGCUCUAAUCUACUCUACUUUAUUUUACUCUAUUCUAUGCUACUCUAUUCUACUCUAUUCUACUCUAUUUUAUUCUACUCUACUAUAUUCUACUCUAUUCUACUCUACUAUAUUCUACUCUGCUCUAUUCUACUCUACUCUAUUCUAGUCUACUUCAUUCUACUCUAUUUUAUUCUACUCUACUCUACUCAAAUCUAUUAUAUUCCUCUCUACUCUACUAUAUUCUACUCUACUAUAUUUUAAUUUACUCUAUUCUAAUCUUCUCUACCCUACUCUAUUCUACUCUACUCUAUUCUACUCUACUCUAUUCUACUCUACUCUACUCUACUCUAUUCUACUCUACUCUACUCUAUUAUAUUAUACUCUAUUAUAUUCUACUCCACUCUCUUCUACCCGAAUAUACUCUAUUCUACUCGAUUCUAUUCUACUAUACUCUACUCUAUUCUAUUCCGCUCUACUCUAUUAUAUUAUACUCUAUUCUACACUUCUCUAUUCUACUCUAUUCUACACUACUCCACUCUAUUCUACUCUACUCUGCUAUAUUGUAUUCUAUUCUACUCUACUUUUCUCUACUCUACUAUGUUCUACUCUAUUCUACUCUAUUCUAUUCUACUCUUCUACUUUACUCUAUUCUAUUCUACUCAUCUACUAUAUUAUAUUCUACUCUGCUCUACUUUAUUAUACUCUAUUCUAUUAUAUUCUACUCUAUUAUAUCCUACUCUACUAUAUUGUACUCUACUCUAUUAUAUUCUACUCUAUUCUACUCUUUUCUACUAUACUAUAUUCUAUUCUAUUCUUCUCUACUACAUUCUAUUCUACUCUAUUAUAUUAUACUCUAUUCUACUUUUUCUACUCUAUUCUAUUCUAUUUUAGUAUUUUCUAUUAUAUUCUACUCUAUUCUACUCUUUUCUACUCUACUAUAUUCUACUCUAUGCUCUUCUACUCUACUCACUGUGUCAGUGUAACCUCUGUUUCCACUAAUAUUCUGAAUGUCAAUAUUUAAUCAAACUCUGAAAACAGAAUCCUGUCAAACAAGACAUGCAGAGUGAUGCUGUGACGUCUUGUUUGAGAUCUGAUACUGACGCUCUGAUGUUUUGUUCUGUGCGUGUGUGUGUGUGUGUGUGUGUGUGUGUGUGUGUGUGUGUGUGUGUGUGUGUGUGUGUGAAAGACAAAGUGUCUCUUUCACUUCAUCUGUUGUAGUUGUUAUACUGAAACCAAUCUAGUCACAAUAUUCAUGACAAAUCAUAACAAAAUCAUUGAUUUGUUCUAGUUGAUGAAUAUUGGUGAUGGCGUGUGAUUCAAUGAUUUUGCCCCUUGGUAUUAUCGUGAUCAUGCAUUGAAACGUAUUGUUCUGUUAUUGGACCUCUGUGUAUGUUCCCUACCAGUCGCAUGGCGGCAUUGGUUUGUACACCUGUCUGUUAAAGUAUGGUGUGUGUGUGUGUGUGUGUGUGUGUGUUGUCUUUACUCUUCCCUGACUCUGUGCUGUUAUGUCUAAUUGUUUCUCUCUGUCACUGCUGUACAUAGAAUAAUGAAUAUACAAUUAAAAUAUAGAAUUUUAA